AUGGGUGCUGGAUACUCGACGUCGCAGGAUCAACCGCCUUCACAAGCCCUCCAUGUAUUAAGGGUGACGCCAGCGUCGCCAGCCUCCCAGACGAACAUCGAACCUUUCUUUGACUUCGUGGUCGGCUUUGAGGGGGACACUUUCAACUCUGGGAAGAACGUAGACGCGUCUGAGCUCGAGAGAAUAGUGGAGAGUCAUGAAGACCAAGUACUGAAUCUGGUAGUAUGGAAUAGCAAGAGUCGAGACACGAGAGUCGUUCCUAUCAUUCCCUCCAGAGCAUGGUCGGCUGCAAACUCAGCCCUCCCAAAUCUUAAGGAAUCAGAGCCGGAAAGCAAGCCAUCUCUGCUCGGUUUGAGUAUGCGAAUGUGUCAGCCGGAGUAUUCAUUGGACAAUGUCUGGCAUGUCUUAGACGUGCUAGAGGGUAGCCCAGCAGAAGAUGCAGGGUUAGUACCAUACGGGGACUGGAUCAUAGGCUGGUCCGGAGGUGUGCUCAGCGCCGAGAACGAUUUCUAUGACGUGGUGGAGGCGCAUAUUGACAAGCCACUACGGGUUUAUGUCUAUUCACACGACUUCGACACGAUACGCGAAGUGGUACUAGUUCCUAACCGCCAAUGGGGCGGAGAGGGCCUUCUAGGAUGCGUAUUCGGGUUCGGCUUAUUGCAUCGCAUCCCGCCUCAACCUUCGGACCGCGAACCGGGCUCAACGCCUCCAGAGUUGCGGGAGCCCGGCGUCGGGGAAUAUGAAGAACAGACAUUGUUUGUUCCUGCACAGGUCCCAGUACCCCACCCGGGCACUCCCGAGGAACAUCACUUCGCAUUCCCCCACGCCCAUGUACAUCCUUCCCCUCACGACGGUCACCAUCACCAUCGUGAGCAUGGGCACCAGCAUGAUCAUGACCAUGAGCACGACCAUGAGCACGAGUACGAGCAUGACCAUGAGCACGAGCACGAGCACGAUCAUGACCAUGGCGCAGAAGCCCACAACCAUGAACCUCCAGUAGUUGCAGCCAUCGCACCCACUCCGACUCGUCCGGUCCCCCUCCGUAGUACAUCCCUCAACCACCCCGGCACCCCCGAACGCAGCUCCACGCCGACCCCAAGCUCCAUCAACCAAAGCCAAGGCAGACCCCUCGGGUCCCUCGUCAACGGUUUCGGCAGCAUGAACAUCGGAAGGUAUGGUCCCGGAAUGCACUCGCCGACGCCGCAGAUGGAGCGCGCCGUAUCUUUCGGGGCGAUGAUGAGUAGCAGUACCACUUUCGGGGAGGCGUUGGGGGCGGAGGGACAAAACGAGGACGGUAGUCAGGAGUCGGGCGAGCAGGACUUGGAUUACGAUGAUGGUGCCACUAGCGUCACUGGUACAGAGACGACAGACGACGAGACAGCAUCUCAGGGAAGCCUCACUAGCGUCGACUGA